AUGACUCCCAAGCGUAGGUCUAUUACGGGAAGAGUAUGGCUUCCUAGCAAUACGCGCGACUUGGCUCAGCCCAAUUCCGAUCCGAUCGGAGAAGGGCGCCGAGCUAAGCCCAUUAGCAACAUAAGCACACAAAUCACCGUUAAAGGUUCAAGCGCAGCACCAUCAACCGUAGCCUCCACAAAAGACCUCCACAAAAGACGGCCAAUUGGUCUGGCCCCAUCUAAGGUCGCCAUCGAGCAGCACGCCCGCUUCUUUGCCAACAGUUGGGCAGAGCUAGCUGUCGCGCUGUAG